GUUUGAGAACCUGUCUGAAUUGAAUCCAAAUGAUAACACAUUGAUAGACAAUAUGUUGGCGAAUAUACAAGUGUUGCGCCAACAUGUCAUGUCGUCGUGUAUGUCAACCGAAUAUUUGAUUUAGUAUAGUAUCAAUAACUUUGUGCUGAUGGAGACAAUAGUAAAUAGUUCAUUUAAUGCGGGAGAGACCAUCCACAGGCACUGAAAGGUGUAUCCAUGAAACGACCGAGGCGCAAACGUCUUGGUUUUGCUCCUAAUGGAACACAGUCCAGGAAAUAGGCUCUACUUAGGAGUUAAAGAAGCAAUUGGAGGCUUUGCUUAUCGUCAUCGCUCGAGAGGAAUCAAGCUCUUAGUGCAUUGAAUACUUGGGAGACCGAUGACUAUCCCUGUGUCACAGUGGUUUCGACUCACUCAAUCAUAUGCACUUCAACAUACAGCGCAUGCUUUCACCUUUUGCGUUCGCCUAUUCUUCGGGAGUGCUUCCAGGAUAUGUUUUGAUCACACACUUGCACACAGGGUGAGGAUCUGCACAGGCUGUGCAGAGAGCUCACAGAGAGUGAUGCAACCUGGAAGCUGCUGAUAUGCUGAAAAAUAAAGCCAAAGAAAGGCCAGCCAGUGAACUGAACAGGAGAGGAGACAUGGAGUAACAGUGUCAGCCAGAGAUAGAGCUUGUUAAUGUGUUGCCAUAUACCAUGACUGAUUCCUUCUGACACAGUGUACGGUACCCAGAGAUGUACGAUUCUCGAUAGUGCUGUGUAAGCUAAAGGGCCGUAUAGCAGGUACAGAGACAUUGACAGUGUUGGAUUCACUGACUGUCAGGGCAUGAAUGAAGACAGAUAGAUGGCAUACUGAAGAUAGAUGGCAAAAGACUGUUGAACACGGGCUAAAUAACACUGGAUGCACCCUUACAGUUGGCAGUGGAUGAGCACGGACAGAUAGAAUUGGGAUUGGCUGAUACAGACGGAGAACGCUAGAGCUAGAUGAGCUACUGCAGAUAGCAGUGCAGAUCCACUGUUAGCGAGCUAGCGCAGGCAGGGAGUGGGAGUGGGAGGCUUAGCACCAUGAACCCCAGAGAGAGCGGAGGAGGAGGAGUGGAGGCCAUGGAGACUCAGGCGGGAGGGCUGGAGGUGGGGGAGGAGGGAGGCCAAGCCAGCCACCGAGGAGAUGGAGAAGAGGGGGAAGAAGACAAGGCCUCAGCCUACGACUGCAACGUGUGUGGCCGCAGCUUCCCCUUCCAGAGCUCUCUGUCGCAGCACAUGCGGCGCCACACAGGCGCACGUCCCUACAAGUGCCCCUACUGCGACCACCGCGCCUCCCAGAAGGGCAACCUCAAGGUCCACAUCCGCAGCCACAAGCUGCGCACGCUCACUAGCCACCACCCCGAGGAGGAGGAGGGGCCAGAGGAGGAAGAGGACGGGUCAGUUGAAGUUGGUGUGUCUGAGGGCCUGGAUGGUGGAACCAGUCCAACGAAGAGCAGCUCGGCCUGUAACAGGGUCGUCAACGGAGACGCUAACACAGAAGAGGGAAUAGGGAAGACGGCGGUGAGGAGCGUCAAAAGGGAGAAGUCGAGCUCUGAGCAGCGGCCAUAUUGCUGCCGUCUGUGCGGGUACCAGACCCAGCGCGAGGACCAACUCCUCAGUCACAUCGAGAAGGUCCACAUCACAGCCGACAUGGAGGACGAGACUAACCCAGUGAGUCAGGAGGCAGUGGCAACGGAGGGAGAAGCAGGGACUCAGGUCACUGAUGGGGCCUUCCCCUGUGAGACGUGUGGCCAGGUGUUCACACAGGCCUGGUUCCUUAAGUCCCACAUGAAGAAACACGCAGGCGUCCUUGAGCAUUGUUGUCAGGUGUGCGGCCGCCGCUUCAGGGAAGCCUGGUUCCUCAAGAGCCACAUGAAGACCCACAAUGGCUCCAAGGCCUCCGGCCGGGGCAAACCCAAGGCAGACUCCCAAGAGGCCGCGGCCACCAUCAACGACGUGGUCCAAGACCCAGAGACCAAUGUGACCUCCACAAGCCUUUACCAGGUUUGCUCCAAGUGUGGAAACCUGUUCCAUGACCGAGAGAGUCUGAAGGCCCACGAGAAGAUCCACAGCCAGGCUAAGCAGCUGACACAGGGCCAGAGAAGACCUAGCGAUAACGGGGACUCUCUCGGUGCCAAAAGGCGCCUCCUGGACUACCUCAGCCUCCGGCCAGCUGUCGAAGAAAAACCCCAGGAAGAGAAGAGGCACUUAGGCCAGAGGAUCCCCGAGCUGGACCCAGUUUGUAGCUACCAGGCCUGGCAGCUGGCUACGCGGGGCAGGGUUCUUGAGCCUGUGGAGGUAUACAGUGUAAAGGCAGGUGGAGAAGGGGAUGAGGUCCUGGCUGGAGGGACCGUGGUGUACGAGAAGGAGAGCAGCCACUACAUCCUGGAGGGCCAGCAGAGGGAGCGACGUUCAGGGAGACGCAGCAGCGCCAGCGGGGGAGGGGGUAGUAGCCACCACACGUCCCCUGGGGAGCACACUCCCGAGAGCCUGAGCGACUCAGAGUACCGUCCCUCCUCCCGCCAGGGCCGACGGUCCUCCUCUUCCCAGCAGAGCCAGUCCAAGUCCACCGAGUGCUUCGAGUGCGGAAAGGUGUUCCGCAGCCGCCACCAGAUGAUUGUGCACCAGCGGGUCCACCAGAGGCGAGACGGGGGCAGGGGUUCCGGGUCCGGAGGGGACAACAGGGCAGGGCAAGGAGGGGACCGCUGGGGAUCCACCAGUGAUCCCGAAUCAGGCUCCCCUAGCAGGCCCAGCACCCCUGGGUACGGGAACUCACCACCAGCCUCCACCCUGGGAGAGGACGCCCCUGAGAUGGGCACUGCCAACGCAGUCCCACUGACAGAUGAGAAGCCUUACGUCUGCAGCCUGUGUGACUUUGUCAGCACAGAGUCCUCUGCCUUCCUGUCCCAUCUACGUCUCCAGCACACCAGUGACGGCCAACCUAUUCCCGACCCCAGCUCCAGCUCUGAGAGAGGCACCCCCAGUAGCUUCCCCAAGCUGAAGAGGGCUCUCCUCCACGGGCUUGCUCAAGCCUCUGCCCCCCACCCUUACCUCUCUGCCCGACCGUCGAGAGACAAAUGCACCGCCGAGAGCAGUUCACCCACUGACUCUCACCGUGUUGCUCCUCUGGACCUGUGUGUGAGAGCCGAGGGUCACAGGGGCCCGGCCUCCUCAGCUCUUCAGCAGAAGGGCCUGCCCAGUCAUAAGUGCUCCUACUGCUCCCACUCCACCCACUACCUGGAGGUGCUGUGGAUGCACCAGACCGUCGCCCAUCGCAUCAACAGCAGCGCCCUGGCCCCCAAAUGGGCCCUCCUGAAGAAUAGCUUCAAGGGCCCCCGAGAGGGCUCGUCCUCCAGGAGACGCACGGGCCCUCCUCCCGCUCUGGAUGGGAGGGAGUGUCCCCCAUUGCCCCCUGUGGUGCGCACCCCCCGCACACGCCCCCCAUCGUUGAAUGGGGGCCAGAAGAAAGACAGCAGGGACAGGGCAGCCAGUCAACCCAGCACCUCUUCCUCCUCCUCCUCUGCCUCAGGCCCCCAGAGUGUGCGGCCUCCCAGGGCAGGCAGCAGCAGACAGAGAGGCGAGGCUGUGCCGGAUCAGGGCCAGCGCUCUCGCUCCAACUCUAGGCCCAGGGUGGAGAUCUACCCACGGGGAGGCUGCUCGACCGGCUCCCUGGAGAAGAGCACUGCAGCCGGGGCUCCCCAGCGACCCUCAGCCCCUAGCCCCAGUGUCGGAGGAACCACCAGGCUGGUGGAAAGGUACAUGUUGCCUCGGGAAGGCCUGGGAUUCAUGCUGUCCAGCAAACAUGGCCUUGCAGAGUACAGCAGAGCCAGGAGCUCGCCUCAGCCCCAGCCCAAGCCCAAGCCCAAGCCCAGGAGCUCCCAGUCCCACACCCAGUCUCACCUGCAGUCCCAGGGCAGACCCAGGGCAGAGCGCCCAGCCCACAACACCACCACGGCAGGCCAAGCCUCCCACUCCCAGACACAUGGGAGCGCUGUCCAGGUAUCCUCCACCUCCUCCUCCUCCUCAGCCCAGCGUGCAGAGGUGAAACAGGAGGAGGCACGGGGGGUGGAGACACCAGAGCUGCCCGUGGACAUCCUCAGCUUCCUGAAGAGCUGCAACUCCAAUGACCUGGCGACACUCUACCACCGCUGGGGCGCCGCCAACCCCCUACUGGACCCCACAGGGAUGCUGAGGCCUCUGGUUCGACAAGGGGAAUACGGUUGCCAAGAGUGCGGGAAGAGCUUCAGUCAGCCCAGUCACCUCCGCACACACAUGAGAUCCCACACAGUCGUGUUUGAUUAUAACGGACUCCGAGGUGCUGACGCUCAAAACAACUCCUCGGAAGCUCCCAAACAAGGGAGAGACCGUUCCGAUGCCGCCUCUGCCCGUACCGAGCCUCUCAGAAAGGGAACCUGAAGACCCACGUCCAGAGUGUCCACCACGUACAUUUCGACAACGCCCAGUACCCUGAUUACAGACCACCGGGACUGGGCCACGAUCAGGUGGAGGAGCCGGGAGACUGGUUCUCACCCAACACCACCGACCCACCGCGACCUAAUAACAGACCCACCAACGUGACAUCCCCAGGGCCUAAGAUAGAGCUGGAGACUCCAUCCAUAUUCCCAGCCCCUCCCCACAGACAGCAGAGAGAACUGAGAGCUGUGUCAGAGACACCAACCGACAGAGUGACAUCAGCGUGAACUCACCCCCGUUGCCGUUUUGGUUUGAAAUAAGACCAGGAUUAUUUGAAAUGUGUUUAAAAAAGAAAGAAAAGGGGGUUUCUUGGAAAGAGAAGAAAAAUCGGACACUGUGCAAACAAAUGCUGGUUUUUUCCCUCUGCGGACCCAUGGGCAAGGACGGCAUGGCGGCGUCCCUAUAGCUUUCCGUUUUUCCUAUUUUAUUCCCCCAUUUGAUUUAGAUUGUGAUGAAAUGGUUUUGUGCAUUCCUCAGGACACUGAUCCCUUAAAAACACACGGCAGAAAGGAGCAGCCAAGUUGGCGAUGCUUACACUGACUGAACUGAACACACUUA